AUGGCCAUGAAUAACACAAAUGAAUCGAUUAUUUCUGAUGUUGAUGAAAUUAUAAGACCGGAGUCAGUGCGGCAAAUUGAUCCUACAAUCCUGCAGUCGCUUACAUUGAAAGUAGAAAAUAAUUUGACUGACUAUAUUAUUGUUUUCGUUGAUGAAAACUUGAAGAUGAAUGAUUGUCAAACGUUACUCAUUGAUAUUCAACAGAAGAUGGAUGACAAUAUACACGGCUUUGAUAAUAUUGAAUCUUGUCUGGCAUUCAUUCAAGUGAAUAAACAUUGCAAAAUUUUUCUUAUCAUUUCUGGUGUACUCGGUGAAAUGCAUUGUAAUCAAUUGGUUUCAACAUGUCAAAUAGAAUGUAUUUAUGUAUUUUGUCGUCUACAUUCAAAGCAUACCAUAUGGGCUCAUAAAAUUCCAAAGAUUCGUGCUGUUUUCGAAGAUAAAACAGAACUUUUAACUUUGAUUUAUAAUGAUAUUAAGGAAUUCGCAAGCCGCUGGUCAUUUGCACAUGGAAAUGCGUUUGAAAAAGCAUCAGCGGCUAAUAGUCGCUUAUAUCAUUUGUUUAUAAGAAUUUUAAUUGAACACCCACGCACUUCUGAUGCCUGGAAGAAAAUGCUUGACGAAUAUCGUUUAUUUUAUCGACGAUCAACAGGCAUGUUGAAGGAAAUUGAUGCUUUUGAGAAAGAUUAUACUCCAGAGAAAGCUAUAGAUUACUAUACUCAAGAUAGUUUUACCUAUCGAAUCAUCAAUCGUGUAUUGCGAACUCGUAACAUUGAUAUUAUCACGAAAUUUCAGCCAUACAUCAGCGAUUUGUCUAAACAAUUGGAUAAACUUUAUUGGCGUUCUACUCAUACUCAUUGGAAACAAAAAUCAAUACAACCUAUUCGAGUUGCUUAUCGAGGUCAAUAUAUGAGAAAAAUUGAGCUCGAGCAAUUGAGUGAACGUUGUCGAUCACAAGAUUCACUUGUCUUUCUCAAUAUGUUUGGUUCGGCAUCGCUUGAUCCAAAAAUUGCAUUGGGAUUCAUUCCCUGCGAUCGACCAGGUUGGAUUCCUUGUUUUAUGGAAAUUGUCAUCUGCUAUCCGGAUAAUGCUUCAAACAGAUUGCCUUGUUCAUCUUCUCAACGAUUUGUUGAUAUUACAACACAUACUACGAUGCCUCAUGAAAAAGAGGUGCUUUUCAAUUUAGGGAGUGUCUUUCGUGUGAAAUAUAUCGGGAAGGAGACAAAACAACGGCAUUGGAUACCUAUCAUAUUAGAAUUAUUUGUUGAUGAAUUCAAAUUUGAUUAUAAUUGGAAUUUCUUGAGUUCCCAACUACAUCAUGAAACAGAUGAUAUGAAGGAGGAACUAUUUGACUUUAUGAAAAAGUACGCACAGACAGCAAAUGAGAUUGAUUGGUCUAAAUGGUGGCGUCAGUUUGAAAAAACAUAUGGAUCAAGAAAACGCGACAACGAACCAUUUGUGGUAACCAUGUACGAAUGCUUGGGUGAUCCGGAAUCAAAUAAUAAAGUCAUCGAAUUACGUAAACGAUCGUUUACGAAUAACAAUCGCUUUGAAUUUCCCUCUGAACAUGAUCGAUUUCUGUUCGUUCUAGAAGAAAUGAACUAUGGAACGCCAACAAGAACAGUAGCACUAUACCAAUGGUUCAACGAGAAUUCGUCUCUACCCAUGAAUCUUCAUUUACACGAUCCCAACAUAAUGAUCAAACUAUUUCUUCGUGUUGGAGAUGCUUAUACACACUUGCACGUAUCCAAUACGAAUGCAUUGGAGUGUUAUCACAAAGCUUUGGACUUAGCACAAACGAAUGCUGAACAUCAAGCGGUAGGUAAAAUACAACAGAAAAUCACGAAACUUACGAAUCACAUGGUGUCAGAGACCGCUUAUCGUUGCUCGUCACAAGUAAAAGAAAGCAAACAAACAACAAUUUCAUAUCAACGAAUAGAUCAAAAGAUACCAUUAAAAGAUAUACUUCAAUAUGAGAUUGAACAUGACCAAUGGUCUACUUUUUGGGCGUUCGAUAGAAUAUCACGAAAGGCGAAGUUGAAUCAUUCAAUCCAGAAUAGACUUCAACACCUUAAGCAUUAUCUUCGUGAGCGCGAGACAGCUAUUGAUAGAUAUGAUUUAGGUAUUCCACUUGGUGUAUUUCCUAACCAACUGCAAUCAAACCAAUGGGUUCGAGAAAUUUACUUAUUCUUCCUUCUUGCCUUUCACUCCUACUUAUAUGAAGACAUAAACAACGAAGGAAACCAUACUCUAAAUUUGUGGCUAUACGAAAAGUUCAUGCUUGAAUGGCUCUCAUUAAACGAUAUUAAAAGAAUGCUGAAAUCUCAUCUACAUACAGAACCAAUUACCACUGAAGUUCUCUAUAUUCUCAAUCGAAUCAUUCGAAAGUUAGAACUUAUCGUCAUAUGGUACAGUCUGACCAUUGUUAACUUUUCGGAGCAUAACACAAAUAGAUUCACUGUUAAUGUGAAUCAAUUAAGUUUUGUUAAUAUUGGGCACGUCGAGAUACCACAGUUAGUGUUCUUUAACGAGCGAGAUCUGGUGAUUGGGUGA